ACCGCCACAUUUUCUUUCCUUGAAGUGAGAGAUAGUUGUCUGUUUCAGUGAGCAUGCGUGUGUGUGUGUUUGUGUGUGUGUGUGAUGGAUGAGCCCAUGCAAAUGUUAUAUCAAAAAGCAUGGGUCAUAAUCAAAUAAAUGAUGUAUUUGUUAUCAUGUUUGAAAUUAAAGAGUUUAUUCGGUAUCAUUGGCCAAUUUGAAAUGUAUGCAAGUAAUGAAGCCAAGACAAGUGCAUUUCAACUUAAUUUCGAUUAUUCAUCCCCAUUCCGGGAAGUCGACUUGGUACAUUCCACUUUGUUCACUACCUCGCCUGGCUCGCGCCACUUCCAACAACGGCUGUAUUUCAAUUUUGGGAAAUCACAAGCAAAGCUCUCCUGCUGGAAGAAAUUCAUCUGAUCUAAUCAAUCAUCAUUCAUCUUUCCAAUUCAAUUUUCGUCAUGGAGGAUCUCGAUGAUGUGGCUAUUAACACACUGAGAGGUAAUUAUUUUUUAAUGUUUUAAACGUGAUGACGAAACUUGUAAUCAUUGAUAUAGAAUCCAGGCUAGAUUAGCAAAAUUGGCUAGUCGAGCAAACUAAUGGUAGUUUGCUAGCGCUAGUCAGUUUGCUAGCCCAGUUAGCUGUGCUGAACCAUUAAGGUUAACUUACUUUGUGUGUGUGUGUGUUUUGUACAUUACAGCAGCUAAUAUCAGCGAAGACCAGCUGCAUUCUAUUUCUAGAGAUGACAUUAGGGACCUCUUCCCUGGCCCAGAACACUUUUUCCGUCGAAAAGCUAUAUGGCUCAAAAUACACGUGGAAGAUAGGGGGGAAGAGGGUCCCACUGCAAUGGCAGGGCCAUCAACGGCUCAAUGUGAUGCAACUUCUCCUGGCAAGUUUCUGAAAUUCUCCAGUAUAGAAUAUGUCAUCUUUACUGACAGUGAGCUGGAGCAGGCGAGACGUUUAUAUUUUGAAAAACAAAGACUUGGGAAAGAGCUAGAGGUCACUUUAUCCAAAGAGCUUUUCUGCCGCCUGAUUCGUAACACAAUGACCAAUAUGAUCGCCAUAGCCAGAGCAUCUGAGGAGUUCCGCUAUCCAUCAAAACACGAAGUCAUCUCCAUGGCUAAGCGCUUAGUUGAGUACUACCCGAUGAUUAAGGACAAGUCAUCUGACAAUGUGUGGGAGAAUGUGUCAAGGAAGCUCAUGAAGAGGCUCUCUAACGUGAAAAGUCCUGUGAAAUCCAAGGGUCCACCUGUUAAAGUACAACGUCGAAAUGAAGAUGCUGAUGACAGUAGUGAUUGGGACUCCAGUGCAUCAACUGUCAUCUUGGAAAGAUCACCAGCCAGUACAAGCACCCCAAAACGACUGAGGGACAACAAUGAUGAACCAUCCACAGGUUCAGGAGACUUAUUGGACAGUGAAAAAAGCCAGGCAAGACACUAUCGUACCCUCCAGGAUAUGUACAAGUCUAAGAAGCCGAACAAAGCUGCGGUUUCUCAUCUUCUUGAUUUGGAAUUCCAGUCCCGUAGACAAUUCAUUGUCUCUGACACUCUCAAAGAACAAGACAGACCGGGGAAGAUUUUAGAUGCGUACCCCUGCUUCCGAGAACUUGACCACAUCAUGGACGAGCUACGGAGGAUAAUAAACCCUGACAAUCCAGACUACAUUGCCAACAUUAAGGACAGAUGGGAAACUUUUUAUGGGAAAGUGCAGUUUUAUGGCGUAAUGAGAAAAGUCAUGAAGCCUCCAAAGACCUUGGAUGGAGUGGAACAUGCUACUGCAGUGUUCUCUGCUCUUCCACAACUUUUUCAAUCACCUGCCAUGGCGCCCAAAAAGACACGCACCCCAAGCGAAGUCUUUUUUCACAUUUUAACGUCCUGUGAGAGCCCAGACUCUUUUCUCCUAACUCGAUCCCACCCAAUCCGCCUGUUGGGGCAAGAAAUCUGCCUCCUCUCAAUUGGGCCCACCACACUGUGCUCCUUUCCAAAGAUAAAAUUCCACGAGGCCAUCCUCUACCUGAUGGGCUGCUAUUACGUGUUUCAUUUAACAUAUCCGAAAUGCAUUGCCACACUGCUAUCUGUCAUUCAGACAGAAGUUCUCGGGGAUGGGCUGCAUGAGAGGGACAUCACCCCAUCCUACAAGAGAGCAAUCGCCGACUGGAAGGCAUUCAUAGACUGAGGGCGGGGAUUCGUUGAACACACACAGACAAACAACCACACACACACACACACACACACACACACACACACACACACACCUAGAGUUUCCUAUGCUACUUCAUCAUUUACAUCAUCAUCAUUAUUUUGAUGUUUAGAUGGGAUGUGUGAUGCAAGUCUGAGUUUGUUU